AUGGUCUCGUACACGCAUAUCCCCCUCACGUUGACCAGAUCAAUAAGGUUGAUCCAUCUCGAAGCUGCGGCUCAUCUAACAGAUGACUUGAGAUGCACUCUAGCAGAAGUUGCCCUGGACUCAAACCCGGUUUACAAGGCACUCUCCUACUCCUGGGACGCACAAACUCCGUCACAUCCCAUUGAAUGCGAUGGUGCCACGCUGCUCAUCACGCAAAAUUGUAUGGCUGCCCUCCGGCGACUGAGGAGCAUGGACGACCUGACUUUAUGGAUCGAUGGGAUCUGUAUCGAUCAGACAUCCAUAGCCGAACGCAGCGCUCAGGUCGCACUCAUGCGAGACAUUUAUAAGCAGGCUGCGGAGGUAAUCGUGUGGCUUGGAGAAGAAGACGAACCGAGCAAAAGGGCCAUUGGCUGUUUGGAAGAUAUUGCCCUUAUGAGCGUGGACAAGGAACGCAUGGAGAGAUGUCUUCCAAUCUUGCUCGGCUUACAGCGAUCAUGGUUUUCUCGCAUGUGGACAAUCCAGGAAGUGGCUUUGCCAUCACAACAGCUGGUACGAGUCCUCUGUGGAAGCGUUUCUCUCCCUUGGCUCUAUUUGGCUAUUGCCCUGGAUAUGCUGAGAGCAUCAGACUACAAAUGGGGAGACUGGCAUUCUGCUAUGCGACUGCAGGCAUAUUUGAAGAAGAAAUGCACAGAUCCAAAAGAUCGAAUCUUUGCCCUUUUUGGAAUAUUCGAAGAGCUGGAUAUUAUUGUUCCGGCUCCAGAUUAUUCGGAAACGCUGGGCCGAAUCUACGCAGCCGCCACUGUGGCAUGUUUCACAAACGACUCUUGCAUGGAAUUCCUCUACCAUGUCCCCUCAGAGAAUCGGAGAGCAGGGCUACCCUCGUGGACGGUAGACUGGGGAGAUGCUGCUUGGAUAGCAGCCGAUCAACGUGUGACCGUUACAAAGAAACCGUUUACCGCUAGUGGAAUGUCGAGUCCGAGCUUGCAAUUCUCAGAGAACACGCUUCGUAUCCAAAUACAGGGAUCCAUUGUCGACCGCGUACGGCAGGUCGGACAACCGCUGUCUGUGAAAAGCCGCCAACAUUCAGCGAUAAACGAGAGGCUUGUUUGGGAUGGCCUUAGAAUGGAAGCGAAUAAUGGGUGGAACCUCGAUGACACUGCCGAAGACAUUCAUGCAGCUUUUGAAGUCUUUACCAGUUGGGUUGAUCUCGCGUCUUCUGCAAGAUCGCAUUCGAAUGGGAAGGAUGCUGAAAAUAGCCGGUACGCCUUGUGUGAGACGCUGCUGGAGUAUCACAGCUCCAAAGAGGCUGAACAAGAGAUUGUGAAUCUCAAGUCGUCAUUCUGGCCUUGGUUGGAAGCUAUCCAGGCCUAUGCAUCUACGACAAUGCAGCAAAAGCACACACCUCCACGAUCGUCUACUGCGCUCCAGUCAUUUUUUACGCUUACCAAAGGCGAAGGAUCGAGAUUUCAACUAAAGAUCAUGAUCACCUGCCAAAGGAAGCGCUUCAUCACAACAGAGAAUAGAGAGAUUAGGCUUAUUCCAGAUAUAGUACAAGUGGGAGAUAUUGUUGCGCUCAUCUCUGGUUUACACAUGCCAGUCAUUCUACGACCGGUUGACCAGGGACGAUUCCUGUAUGUGUGCCACGCAUAUAUCCAUGGCCUAAUGGGCGGCGAAAAAUGGGACAAGAGUGCGAAAGUUGGAAUAUGGUUAACAUGA